AUGACGCUCGACUCGCCCAUAUCACGACUUUUUACGUCGACAGCGGCUUCUCUGUUGGCUCUGCUGCUAUGUCUGGCAUUUGGAUCUCUAGCCUUUGCCAGCGCUGAGCCAGUACUCGAUUCCGCCAUCCACAUCGAAGCACCGAUCGAUCGAACUGGCGGAUUGGAUUUGAUAUACGAACCCGAGUUUGCACCAUUCGAUCGCAGCAUUAUUGGACGAGCACCCACCGACCCGAAACCCGAGUUGUCGUCUCUGGAUAACAAUGGCCCCGACGCCCGGAACCUAGAGCCUGGAAAGACGACUUGCUAUGUGAUUGAUAAGAAGACGUUGGUGGACGGUCAAAGAAGUGAACGGGACAUCACGGGCGACGAAUCGACCGAUGGUAACAGCGAGGGACAUCAGAAUUCGCGCAGGGCCGAGGCGAGGACCGUUUACAUCUCUGCCAACACUUGUAAUGCUCCAGCUGCGGGCACAAAGGAUGGGAAACCUCUAAAGAUGCCCCAGCUCAGUCUCUACGUCUCGACGACAAACAAGACGCAAUGCGUAGACGCAACCAACUUUGACGAAAAGAACUCGGCUUUGAAGGAGAUCCCGUUCGUGGAGGGAGCUGUCAUGUACACCCUCAACGCCACCGACAGCGUCUACCUCAGUAUCGCAGCUCCCAACUUGACUAGGAAGGAGGAGGCUGUUUGGAAGUAUGAGGUUGCCAUAUCCUUUGAUGAGUACUACCACUCGUACGUGCCCAACAAUGGUAGCGCUGAAUUGCUAUGGAUGGACAGCGACUCGAGAUCGGCCUUGCUCGUCAGCAAAGUCCUGACGUCGAAUUCAAGUGACACGCAAACGAUCAUGAAGAAGCGCCCACCAUACGAAAUCUAUAUCGGAAAUAGCAACUUGAAGACCGUCGACGGUCUGCGGCACUCGGCAUGCGGUCUGAAAAACUCGGCCGACAUCUGGGCAAGCAGCGACAAGACUGGGCAGCGCUAUAACCAGGUCACAAUGGGCAUGACGCUCCGAGGGCCAGGGUCAGAGCAGCUACCGAAGCAGCAGUUUCUUCUCGAGGGUCUCAAUUCGAGCACAAAUUACACGGGCAUUCUCAUCCAGAUGCCGACAAAGAGCAAUAAGAGACAGUCGAAUAAUGGGCGAACAGCUGGCGGCGGAGGCAUCGUCUUUGAAGCCACCGACUUUCAGACGAUGGGCGGAACGAAUUGCAUGGUGGUGACAGAUCUCGCCUUCUGCAACGAGACGCAGUACGCUGUUCCUGGCAACAACAAGAAAUACAACAAUACGAUGCUAGCCAAGGUAUACGAUGAUUAUGCCCGGACGAUGUACGCCAACUUUGAAAAGGUCCUGGCUCAGAUCUCAUGCGAAGCACCCCCUGAAUCGGCCUACUCUCUGGCACGCAACUGUAAUGAUUGCCGUGAAGCCUACAAGCGCUGGCUGUGCACCGUUAGUAUCCCUCGCUGCGAGGAUGUCAUGGGUGGCAGCAACAAGAGCAUUGUUCGAAACGCCUUUCACCCCUUCCCCAACGGGACAAAGCUAUCGGCCGAUUUUCUCAAGGGUCAAACGAUAAAACCGUCCAACAACGCCUCGCGCAACGCCUUUAUCGACCAGACGAUCAAGCCAGGUCCGUACAGGGAGAUGCUCCCCUGCGAAGACCUCUGCUACGAUGUCGUCCAGUCCUGCCCCGCCUCCAUCGGCUUCGGAUGUCCACAGCCUGGCUUUCAGAGCUUCGACGUCAGUUACGGGCAGCGAGGCACUGGUGUGACGUGCAACUACCCGGGCGAGGCGAGAACAAGGAUCAGUGCGGCCGGGGUUCUCUCUCCAAGCGUGUUGUUACUGAGUGCGGUGCCAUUGAUGGUUUGGUUGGGAUUAUGA